CGGGAAGUUUGGGGUCCUCUGCUGCCAAUCCCGGAUAAGCGGAUGAAGAUGAAUGAAUGAAAAAUGGCCACAAGAUACAGUUUGUUCACAACUUCAUGUUCAGAUUCUUCCUAAACUGUCUUGAAAAAGUGCACGUGUUUUCUUUCACAAUGAGGUCACUGCUGCGGGUGUCUUUAAAAGAAGUUGAGGCAGAGUUUGAGCUCAGUUAAGAUGGAAUCACCGAAUGGCUACAGCAGGAGAACAAGUCAGUGCUCAGACAUUUUAUUAAUAACUUCUAACCUCAGCAUUAUCUUGACUUUGAGGGUGUUUGAAACUGUUUCCUUGAUAAUGAAUCUGUUUAGGAUUUAUGUGUACUCGAUAUUAAAGUUGCACAUUAUGCCAACCCAGUCUUAGUUUAAACAAAUGUAUAACAAAAGGUAACAUAACUAUUCUUUGGUGUGCAUGUUAGAAUUUGUAUGAACCAAAUUGAGGAUGAUAAACUCCACACAGGUUUCUUAUUUCACACUUGCUGCCUAUUUUGACACUGGGAAUUUUAAAUACUUAUAUUUCCUGGUAAUUAUAUCUUUAUAUGUUUUCAUUGUUUGUGCCAAUCUUUUGCUCAUUGUGAUUAUCUGUAUGAACAGAAGCUUACAUGAACCUAUGUACAUAUUUCUGUGCAGCCUGUUUGUAAAUGAACUGUAUGGUAGUACAGGGUUGUUUCCAAUGCUUUUGGUUCAGAUUCUCUCUGACAUUCACACUGUUUCUACUUCAUUUUGUUUCCUGCAGAUUUUCUGUGUACACUCUUAUGGAGCUGUAGAAUAUUUAAACUUAGCCAUUAUGUCUUAUGACAGAUACCUCGCUAUCUGUUGUCCUCUACAAUAUAACACACGUAUGACAACUAAUAAGAUUGCUGUGCUCAUUGCUCUAACAUGGUUAUACCCUUGUUUUGCAAUGGUUGUUUUGUUAUCUUUGACUACUCCUUUACAGCUGUGUGGGAACAUCAUUAACAAAGUUUACUGCGAUACCCACUCUGUUGUCAAACUGGCAUGCUCUGACACCAGUAUAAUUAACUUAUAUGGUCUCAUUGCCACUUUUGGCAUUAUCUUUGGUGCUUUGACUUUUAUCAUGUUCACUUAUAUGAAGAUUCUUCUAGUUUGUUUUUCUGGUUCACAACAGACCAGACAAAAAGCUGUCAGUACCUGCACUCCUCACCUCGCCUCCAUCUUGAACUUUUCUUUUGGGGCUAGUUUUGAAGUAUUACAGAGCAGGUUUAAUAUGAAAAAUGUACCCAAUAUUUUGCGCAUUCUUUUAUCAUUAUACUUUCUUACAUGCCAGCCGCUCUUCAACCCUGUAAUGUACGGACUGAAAAUGUCCAAAAUCCGUGGCACUUGUAAAAGUCUGCUUUCAAAAGCAGAUUGUUAAGUUGUGUCACAGGUUUUCUUAUUUGUGCUUCUGCGUUUCCUCGAAUAUAAUGUUCACAAAACUCCUGAUAAAGCUGUACAACAGUUUUAAACUGUGAACCAUGUUGUGUCAGAUGUAUAAUUACACGUAUAUACAUAUAUUUUUAUUUAUACUAUAUUACAAUAUAUAUUACAUAUUUGAUAAACAAGUGAGUAUACUAUGAGGCCUUCGGCUUUGUAUGUCUAGACUAACAUUUUCUGCAUAUUUGCACAAAUCACUGUUAAGCUAUUAUAAUUUGUAUGUAAACUGUACGUAGCUUUUGAGUCUCAUCUAAUAAACUUAUUUAUUGUA